CCGCCGCCAUGUACCAAGCUGUGCUUCUCCUCUUCUUCUGCUUCCUGGCCCCGUCCCUGCAGAAGGACCGGGAUUUUUACACCUUUAAGUUGGUCAAUAUCAGGGGCAAGCUGGUGUCUUUGGAGAAGUACCGGGGAUCGGUGUCACUGGCGGUGAAUGUGGCCAGUCAGUGUGGGUACACGGACGGCCACUACAAGGCGCUGCAGAAGCUCCAGCGAGACCUGGGACCUUACCACUUUAAUGUUUUGGGAUUCCCAUGUAAUCAAUUUGGACAUCAGGAGCCAGACACUGAUCGUGAGAUUGAAUUGUUUAUCAGGAAGCAGUACAGUGUGUCCUUCCCCAUGUUCAGCAAGGUAGCUGUCACGGGUAUUGGAGCCAAUGCUGCGUUCAAAUAUCUGACUGAGGCCUCCAGCAAAGAACCGGACUGGAACUUCUGGAAGUAUCUGAUUGGUCCAGAUGGUAAGGUGGUAGAUGCUUGGGGUCCAACAGUUUCCGUGGAGGAAAUUAAACCACAUAUCACAGAACUUGUGAGGAAACUGAUCCUGAAAAAGAAAGAAGAGUUAUGACACCUAUUGGCCCCAUCUAGACACCUCAGGAAAUAGGAG